UUUUGAUGAGAGCGUGUGUGUGUAAGAGGAAUCUGUCACAUUCAAACACUGUUCUGUCUCGUGUGCCACAGGGAGAUGGAGGGAUGAGAGCAGAAGAGAGGAGAUAGACAGAUACAACGGAGGAGGACUAGGAUGUGCGGUCACUUCACCUAUGGAUCUGCCUGCAGGACCUCAUGGACACAGCGCUGACAACUCAUCACAGACCUACAUGAGGCUGUAGAGGUCACAGGGUCACGCGGGAGACGAAUCACCCAGGUCAAAGUUCACAGGCGCACACUCUCCCAGCCCGAGAGAGGGAACCGGCGAGGACAGCGACAAGCCAAGGUCCCGGGGGUCAACCAUGAUGACGUCACACGGCAAGCUGCGGAGGGAGAAGGGGAGUCUGGCCGAGUAUGAGUCGCAGAUGAAAGACUUGCGGGCCCAGCUGGGAGAGCAGAUGAAGAUCUUGGACUUGCAGGUGGAAGUGAAACAGCAGCAGCUCUCGGACCUCUCAGAGUUCCUCCGUCGGCGCGGAGACAUCGAGACGGAAUACGCCCGUGCUCUGGACAAACUCACCGAGAGGUUCACCCACAAAACCAAGAAGAAGGAGCAGUGGGGCCAGUCCGUGUGUCAGGUGUGGACCGUCCUCCUCACACAGACUCGUCUGAUGAGCCGGGAGCACGCCUCUCUGGGGGACACCUGCUGUAACACUCUGACCCAGAGACUCACCCACAGCACAGAGGACACACACCGCCUGCACAAGAGGAGUAAAGAAGUGGGGACUCAGAUGCAGGACGAGCUGCUAAAGGUCACCACUGAGCUUCAGACUGCCUUAAAGACAUACAAUCAGUACCACACGGACUGUCUCAUCGCUGAGGGGAAACUCAAAGAGGCCGAGCGAUUGGAGGAGAGACAGACCGGCAAGUCAGCUGAGCUCGGUAUCGGCCAAUCAGGAAGCACGAGGCGGAGCUCUGUCAAGAAGAUGGAGAGAUUAAUGGAGAAGAGACAUGGACGAGUGCAGGAGACCCAGCUCAAGUGCACUAAAGCUCGCAAUGACUACCUGCUCAACCUGGCAGCAGCCAACGCAGCCAUGAACAAGUACUACCUGCAGGACGUCAGCACACUCAUUGAUUGCUGUGACCUGGGUUUCCACCAGUCUGUGGAAAGGGUGAUGAAGUGCUACCUGACCAAUAGGUGGCGCAUUCUUAAGACAGAGGAGUCUGGUCUGAAGCAGCUGGAGACAGCUGUGACCUCCCUGGACCAGAGCGGAGACAGAGAUGCUCUUCUACAGCAGCACGAUACUGCCUUCUGCCUGCCCUUUAGAUUCAACUAUCACCCGCAUGAAGGCGACCAGGUGUGUGAGGUCAGUGCCGAGAGCCAGGUCAGGUACGAGCUUGAGACCCGCUUCCAGCAGCUCCAGUCUCGCCUCGCAGCUGUUACCCUGGAAACAGAAGAGAUCAGUAAAACCCUCAAGGCCACACUUACUGCUUUACUGGACAAUAUGGGUGACAGUGACAGUAACCCCGCCCCUGAUGUGCCAAGCAGCCAAUCACACGAGCCGCCUGGGGGAAGCACCGCCCCCAAACUUGCUCUCGCCAAACGUAGAGCCAAUCAGCAGGAGACAGAGACCUUCUAUUUUACAAAAGUGAAGGAGUUCCUCACCAGCAGCUCUCUGUCCUCCAAACUUCAAGCCAAACAUGACCUUCUACAAGAUGCCAUACAGAAAGCUGAAGCCGUCAACAGUGACCCCUCAAGAAGUCAAUGUGCUCGGUCUGUGCGUGUGCGGAAGUCCAGGCCCAUCUCUCAGUUCUGCCACUCACUCUUCAACACAGACAUGCUCUCCUAUAUCCAGAGUUCGGGGCAGCAGAUCCCUGUGGUGGUUGAGAGCUGUAUUCGUUUCAUAAACCUUCAUGGUCUGCAUCAUGAGGGGAUAUUCCGGGUUCCUGGAUCUCAGAGGGAAGUCAACCUCAUUAGAGACGCUUUUGAGAGAGGAGAGGACCCUCUGUCGGACAGUGAGUGUGACCUGGACUCAGUGGCCGGUGUACUAAAGCUGUACUUCAGGGGUCUGGAGCCUCCUUUGUUUCCCUAUGACUCCUACAACCAGCUGCUCGACUGUGUCCAAAUUGAGUCUGUGUCUGAGAAAGCUGCUCAGAUUAAAGCUAUUGUCUCCUCAUUUCCUCGGCCACUGCUCAUUGUGAUGCGAUACCUUUUUGCUUUCCUGAAUCAUGUGUCCCAGUACAGCGAUGAGAACAUGAUGCAGCCGUAUAAUCUGGCCGUGUGCUUCGGGCCCAGUCUGCUGCGAGGGGUGGACUCCGAUGAUGCCGUCGCCCAGCAACCACAAGUCAACGAGCUUGUCAAGACCAUGAUCCUCCAGCACGACGUCAUCUUUCCCAGCCAAUCAGAGGUGCCCGGGCCUGUCUACGAGAAGCACAUGACACUGGAGCAGGAGUACUGUGAACCAAUAACUGAAGAAGGAGAUGGGGAGACAGAACAUCUGCCCAGUGAAGAGGAACUGGAGGCUGUGGCGAUGUUCGACUAUGUGGCCAGAUCACCGGCAGAACUGUCCUUCAAACAGGGAGAGCUCAUGAUACUCCACAGCAAAGCCUCCUGUGAUUGGUGGAGAGGAGAAGUGGGCGGGGUCAAGGGACUCAUCCCACACAAAUAUAUUAAUCUUUUGGAUGGGAAUGAGCGAGGAAAGAGGGAUGAGAUGGGCGGUGGGGGAGGGAGCACUGGUAAUCUGACAGUUGAAGAUCCAAUGGAAAACCCCACCAGGAUGCGUGUGAACAGUGACAGUGCUUCGUUGCCAGGACGACAGAGAGGAAGUGAAGUGAGCCCAAACAAACAACCCACUUCUCCAGCUACAAAGCAUUUUCCAGUGUCCCAGGAAAGAAGACACACCCUGGACACUCUGCGGCAAGGAGGCUUCAGACCCACAGACAGACCGGGCUUUGUUCAGCCUGACAAGACUGCAAUCGACAAGGAGAUGAUCAGCCGUCAGAUGAACUCCGUGUUCAAAGAGCUUCUGUCUCGCCAGCCUGCAGUACAACCAUCUGCUCUGCCUGUCCCGCCCACCACAGCGCCCCCUGCCUCCUCCUCCAGCGCCAACACCUCCCCUCCUCUGCCCCAGCCCGUCACUAAGAAGGGGGGCUUUGGGCUUCGAGGUCGUGUCCUUUUCAGACCCGUGGACUGACCGAGCACAUACUUACUUUAUGACAUUGAUUCAGCGCCGGAGGUUGAAGAUUCUUUGACACGUGUAGAAUAUAUGUGCCAUUUUGUCUAAUUCUUCUUGUUGUGUCCAGGUGGUUUUAUUUUAUUGUGUGGACUUCUUUUUGUUUGCAUCUUUUGGGAGAACCAUGUAAAGGCAUCAUAAGACUGAACAGAAGAGUGGACAUCAAACUUAACUUGACGGUAUUGCGCUGCUCCCUAGUGGCAGGUCUGAGAUCAGCUCACCAAUAGUUUUAUUUAAAAGAAGAACACUGAUCUGGGGCCUGUGUCUAGGAGUGCCUUCACAUUCUCACAUUUAUGUAACUUCUGUGUAAAACUGUGCUUAAUAAUUUUGUGUGAUUCAAAGACUGAAAGUGUUCAAAAGCAUGCAGCUUCAGAAAACACAUGAGAUCAUCCAUUGCUGUGUAAAAAGUGGAGACAGGGGUGUGGAAAUGCUGUUAUAACGCUCUCAUGAAAGAUAUAGUAUAAAUGCAUUAUGGUUAAAGACUGUUGUUCUUUUUAUUGCCAGACACUUUUCCGUCAGUUACCUUCAAGGCAGCUGAAGUACUUUUGUAACUUCUCUCGUUGAGGGUCCGUCAAAUGCUUUUCUCCAUGGAAACAUUAUUUCUUUGCCUGCAAUUUUUCUCAGUAUGGCAUUAAACCUUUCUAUCUUCAUGGAGACCAAACCAGACCAAGUUACAGGUCAGAUCUGUGGAGAGGCAACCCCACUCACAGUUAAAAUGCCUGUUUUUCUAGGUAUUUUUGAGCUUUAAAACCACCUGUAAUUGAAUAAAUGUAAGGUACAGCUGUUUAAUAUCAUACUGUGUAACAUUCCAGUUGGAGUAGUGACAUAUCUAUAGAAACAUGUGGCCAUACCAGCUUGUCAAAGCCUGAUCCCGUCAGAUCUAAGAAGGUAAACAAGGCUCGGUCUGGUUAGUACUUGGAUGGGAGACUGCUGGGAAAACCAGAUGCCACAGUGGGGCGCCAGUUGUCAUUGUGUCCUUAGGCAAGGCACUUCACCCACAUCACCUAGUAUGAAAGUCUCAGGCUCAGAUUGGCAGCCACGCUUCAGUCAGUCUGCCCCAGGACAACUGUAGCUGCAAUGGGAGCUUACCAGUGCACAGAGAAUGAAUAAUGUUCUGUAAAGUGUCUUUGAGUGUCCAAAAAAGCACUAUAUAAAACUGUUGCAUUAUUAUUAUUAAACAAGCAGGUGACGGACUCCCAACCAUAAAGUUACAUAGUGCAGCUUUAAACAGAUAUAAUUUACCAAGCGCAGUGAGUGGCUCUACUUUAAGGCAUAGAGAGAUAAGAAUCACCUGCUGAGGAAACAUUGAAUUUUUCUCCCAUUUUAGCACAUUGUUUACAAACUGAAUAACAAUAAUUUGUAUGAGACCAUUUUUACGUGACAGCAUUUCUAUUCCCAUUGUUUACACAGAUCUGUAUAAAGCAUUCAUUCCCCGUCGUAUGUGAGCUUCGGCCUGACGAAAGGCCAGAUCUCAGGGCUUUAGAGUUAGAGACGAGCUGACUCAGGUGUGGUAACUGAAGGAUGGAUGAGUUUCUCUUCACUCAGGGCUUUGGUCCACUCACUGGAAACUGUGCCCUCGCCUCCAGAGCCAAACUGGCCCCCGUCAGAGAGGACAGCCACGAGCGCUCCUCUGCAUUUAACUGUGAAUUCUGACUGACGUAAUCUCUCAUUUUUACAUCCUGGUCCUCAGCUUAUCUUUCGAACUAAAACAUCUGCGAGUCUAUUUCUGAAGUGUGAGCAUUUUCACUGGAGGUGUGUUCAUACUGUGACUUUACCAGGAAAGGAAUAGAACCACUGUAAGGAGUUAAAAAUCUGACUUUGAUUUUACUUUACAAUUUGUAUUUAUUUUUAUGUUAACUGACUUUUACAAAUAUGAAAUGGGUGCACUAGUUACAUUUGUGUAAGUGAAGCAACUAUUCUGUAUUUACCUUAUUCCACCCCGCCCAGUUUUGUCCAUGCAUUUUUGUGGUGGCACUUCAAGUUAAACGGGAAUCCCAUUCAUGUCAAUAGCGAGUUUGAGAAACAUUUUGCCAAUUAAAAUAUGACAUAAAGUCGGUUCAUUUGUGUGAAAUGUUCAGUGUUCAUGUGCACUGAUUCUCUGUGGGGCUUUAAAACAGCUUUAUAGUCCGCAUUGAACUUAUUUGCUGGAUCGACUGCUCCAUAAAAUAAUAAAAUAAUAAAACCUGAAAAAUAAUGGCGGCACCCACAGCAGCUUCUGAAAUAAGGUGAAUAUUCAGACAUUGUUUUUUGUUUAAAGGUGCAUUGUGUAACUUUUCUGGUGGAGGGUCUGUCAAAUCUCAGAUCACUCUUCAUGGAGACGUUUUUGUUUUGUCUGGACGUUUCACAGUGUAGUAUUUAACCUUUCUAUUUUCAUGGAGACCAAACCAGACCAAGUAACAGGUCAGAUCUGUGGAAAGACAAACCCACUCACAAUCAGAAUGCCUGUUUUUCAAGGUAUUUUUUAGUGAUAAAACCAGCUGUAAUUGAAUAAAUGUAAGGUUAACCUGUUUAAUGUCCUACUGUGGAACAUUCCAGGCAGAGCAAUGGCAUUUCCAUAGAAACAAAGAAGUGACGGACCUCCAAACAAAAAGUUACAUAGUGCACCUUAUAGAUUUCAGUCAGUUUUUUGCGUUUUUUACAGUGGUUCUUAUUCCAGACUAUAAGUUGGAUAGCAUUUGAACUGUUUUACACACAUUGUUUCGUUGUGUUCAAUUUAUCUUAAAAGCAUAGAAACCGAACAUUCUUUUGUAAUGAUUCUGCUUCUAUGACAAAAAUAACAUGACUUCUGCAUCACUCUUUGCUGAUGUCAACAAACUGUAGUGUGCCCAAAACUGUCUGUGCAAAUGAAUAAAUGAACAGUGUCAAGAAAUGUCACUAAA